AUGUCGCUUCGCUUGAUUGAUGGUAUUUCACUAGUUCGUGUUAAAGAUAUUAAAUUAUUUACAGAACUUUACCAAAAGAUAUCAAACGAAUUUUCAUACAUCAACAAACCAAUCAAUAAAAAAUUAGCAGCAUUGUUACAUUAUAAAGGUUUCAAAUUUGAAAACUUCAAACCUAAAAAGAAAGAAGAAGAAAUUCUGAAUUUAUAUCCAACAGAAUCUCCAUUAUACUACAUUGCAUGGGAUAAAGUUGAUGAAUUUAAGAGUAAAUUCCCAAAUCUUGAUAUUAAUAAGAAAAUACAUUAUAUCACACCACUUGAUUGUGCAAUUAAAUAUGGAUCAGAAUUAUGUUUCAACUACUUGAAAAACUUAGGAGCUAAAUACACUUAUGACUCCGAAAAAUAUGUUGUUAAAGGCGGAAAUAAUAACAUUUUUAUGCAAAUGAUUGAAGAUGGUAAAUCAUUUUAUAAAAUGAUUAAUACAGCAUUGGAUUAUCAUCACUAUGAAAUUGCUAAUUACCUUAAAUCAAAUUUCGGACAAACUUUUGAUUCAAUAACAGAAAGCAUGUAUUUCGGAAAUUAUGAAAUUGCAUCCUUUUUACUUUCUAAUGGAGAAGACAUCAACAAAAUUUAUAAUCUCUUUCUUUUCACAUUUAUCAUUGUUUGA